CUUUUAUUUUUUUAUUACUUGAAUGGCGGAGACUAUCAAAAAUUGAUUUAUUGCUCGUCGUAUAGCUCUUGUUUUGCUAAUAAUAAUUUGUAAUUUGAUCUUAAUAAGAUUAGCACAGAUCAGUAUUUACUUUAUUACAUAAAAUGUGUCGUAAUCGUGUUGUAAACUUCUAUAAAAAAUCUAAUUAAAACUACUUGUCAGACAAUCAUAUGUUAGUAAUUAGUGAUGUCAGUGUUUGUUUACUAAUGACAGUUUCUGUGAAAAUCUUGUUAUUUUUCAAGAUUUCGUUAUGAAUAUUCCGGAAUCGACUGGAGAGUCAUCGUGUAAACGACAAGAAAAUGGCGACGCAUCAGCAGGUUCUGAUCGCCCACUUAAAAAGGCUCGUUUCGCGUGGCAAGUUAAGGGGAAAUAUCACUUGAAAAAUGGUACUUCCGACCCUGGAAAACCCUCAAGUGCUACUUCGAACGAGUUAGACAGGGCUAGCUCGUCUUCGGAUAACGAAAACGAAUGUAUUGACGCCGUGGGUAACACGGAACAAAAUUUAGAAAGAUUAGGCGACUACUUAUUGAAACAGGAUUUCAAUACGCUUGACUCGGUUAUCACUGAUUCCGAGAGCUCGCUGUUGAAGCCAAGCACAAGUUUAUCAUCCGAGAAACUGCCUUAUCCUAGAUAUGUGAGCUCAUUUGACAAUGGUAGCUCUAACAAUAGCAUGUCCUCCAGUGCAAACAGUCAGGAGAACAGAUCUAUCCCCAUGUCUAUGGUCGUGUCGGCGUCCUACAGUGAGGACCAGUGUAUAGCGCGGUGGCAGGCCAGACAGAUGGCCAAAGGAUUCGUGGACAAUACAAUAAACCGUGUAUUGGAUUCAUGGAUGGUCGCCCCCCUGCCCACCGACAUGGACAACAACCGGUUCCUGGCCCUGGACGUUGCCGAGUUCAUCAACAACCUGCCCGGUGACAACAGCAUUGAAAACGAAGGCAUCCUCAUGGCCAUAUCUGCACACGGCUUACAAAACACUUCAAGCUCAAGUAGCAACGAGGACAGUCAGAACGAAGAGCAAGCCUGCAGUUACAUGAGCGUCAAAGAUGACGCCUUUCCUUCACCUCCAAGUAGCCCCAUACGAUCAGAUGAUGGAAUAAGAACUGAACCUGUAAAACUAAAGCAGAGUGAUGAUGGUGCCUCAAAUGAACUAGACCUGUCUUGGUACAGUGAUGACAAAAGAAAUAUAAAUAGUGAAACACAAUUUUCUUUCUUCCCUGAGUCUUCCACUUCGUCAUAUCAAUACUUUACUGAGUCGGAGCCGCUUCAGCCGUCCAGUAUCGACUAUGAUGCAAGUGAGAACAUGAACUCUAGUGGUGCUGAUAUCAUGACAAGUCACUAUGACUUCCUUGAUGCUGCUGUUUCUUUUGCAAUACAAAACAAAGGACUGACUUCUUUUGGAUCUGAUUAUGGUUAAAUUACACUAAAAACCCCAUUAUUUCAAAAUGUCACAUACCGUGGUAAUUGAAGAAAAAAAAUGUAAAUACUGGAAAGAUUUAAAAUUGAAGAAUAGUUCCAAACGACUUUAGACUUGUCUUCAGAAUUAGAAGUGUAAACUGACAAAUGCAGCCAUUUACGUUGUGAGAUUACCACAUUACCAUAUUAAUGCCAUUUAUUUCUUGUAAUUUUUAUGAUUUCAAUUUACUUUUACAUAUUUACAAUGCCUCCUCAACGAUAUUUUUACAUAAAUAUGCCAGAAUUACAAUUACUCUGCUUGUCAACUUACUCUUCUUAAUUCUAAAAUAUUCUAAAUAGCAGUAUUAGACAACUGGGACUCCAUAUUUUUCUUUAUUAUUAAGGAUCACUUGUAAGUUUAAUCCAAACCAAGAAUUAUUAAAGUCUUGAAGGUAUUUUUCGGAGGUACAGUAUCAUAUGGGCCUUUAAUAUGACAGACUCUAUCAUACAAUACCUUGGAAUAGUAGGCUCCUAAGGCCUGGUCCUACCUAUAGUACCUCUUCAGUUCGAUGAAAUUUAAGUCCUAUUCAAUUGGAAAAGAGAAUCGCUUUUGCUUUGUUUCGUUCUAUUUUCCAACAACGCAAAAUUAACUCUAUUUCUUUCACAAUAGGUUCAAAUUUCAGUGGCAAUUUUUGGAUUUUCAUUUGUAUGACUGGGCCUUUGGAGAAUGUUGCCUUUUGCAAACUGAUGAUAAUGACAGCAAACUCACCAAGUCAUCCCAUGUAAUUAACCUUUUCGACGCCGUGUCAAACAAAAGCUGUUACUCGGACGCCACGUCACCGAAGUGUCAAAACUGAAAUUGAACUUUAUGCAUAUGCACGUAGGUCUAUGUUGCUCUGUGGUUUGUGACCGAUUAAUCCGUCUUUGGCGUUGGACCUGCGGUGCGGAUAUAUCGGUUAUUGGUGUCCAAAAGGUUAAUGUAUAAGAAAUGAACUUUUAUUUGAGGGGGGAUGGAUACUUAAUACCUACCCAUUACAAUUUUAUGCCACGCUUUCGUGGGAGAGUAAAGACGUUACUUUCUAUUUCCGUAAAUGUUAUAAAUAAUUUUAUGUUAACGCAGUUGUAUGUUGUAAUAAGUGUUAAUGGUAGAACUAAAAAUAAGUUUCUCAGUAAGUUCAAGUACAUGUUCAAAAGACUACUGUUGCAUUUUUCAAUUGUGAAUAGUUAUUACUGACUUAAUAUCAAAGUACAAAGGUUAUAAAUAUAUUAAAUCAUAUCAAUUAAUUUGACUGGUAGUGUAUCUGGUUACUGGAUAAACUUCAAAAUAAAUGCAGAUGUUUUCGUUUUAUUUUUACUUUGUACUGGGAUAAGGUUCUAUCGGAACUUACAGCUACAGAAUUUGUGCUUUUUAUGCAAGUUAUGUUACAUAGUAUUUUAAUUGAUAUAUUUUGUCUAGUUAGUACCUAUGCCUACAACCAUUUAUGAAAGAAGUUCAUGUAUAAACACUUCUGUAAUAUAGUUUUAGUAAAAAUGUAUGCCAUACUGACAGUGAAGUCAAUAAAUGAUACUCAAGAAUUUU